AUGAAUGCCACUCCAGCGCUUGGGUAUGCGCCUGGCUUAUCGCUAGCCCCGCAAGCAAUAGAACACCAAGCUUCUCCAACAGCGGCCAGUUUUGGCUCCAAUAACCCCUUCCGAAACCGCGCUCUUUCACCUGGAUCUAUUUCAUCAAACAACCGUCCGGAACGCCCACGCUCUACAAACCCAUUCUUAGACGACACCGAGGCGAUGUCUCCGCAGUCAGCCCCUGGCAUGUCGACUGGUGUUAGCAUGAUCUCUCCGAUCGAGAAGAACAAUAUGUCGAGCAAUACUCGGGAGCUCUUUGAGUCUCUCUCCCUCAAUCCUGCUCCCCAGCCAGAUCGUCCUCGACCCGUGGCAUCUGAUGCCACCCAACGCACUGCCUCGAAUCGCAACAGACCCCCAAGGGACCGCUCGGAGCGUCCACCUGGACGAUCGGCAGAGUCGAAAGAGAGAGACCCGCUCGACAUUUUCGCCGAUCCCCCUACAUCAUCCCAAACUGCCAAGGACAAGGCGCCCCGUCGUGCCCGGCGGAACUCAGAGUCUUCGGUAAUGGACCGAAGCUCGAAGUUGUUGGACCUUGAUGACGACGAUAAGCGCCGACGCGAACGGCGUCGCGAGCGUGAGGGUCGUAGCAAAGAUGUAAAAUCACGGUCGGGCCGCAAGGAUCGAAGACUUGAUAUCAUUGAUAAGUUGGAUGUGACAAGUAUCUAUGGCACUGGAAUGUUCCACCAUGAUGGACCGUUCGAUGCCUGUAAUCCCCAUCGUAAUCGCCGCGGCGUGCGUACCGCGCCAAUGCAAGCCUUCCCCAAAGGUUCCACCAACAUGGCUCUGGGCGGCUCAGGCCCCAACAACUCUAACAUCGAUCUCAACCUUUUCCAUGGCAGGAUGGAGGAAGGUCACAAUGACUUCUCCACCGCUGCUCGCCGCAAUGCUGAGACGGGCGUCGUUGAUCCCACUGCCCGAGUGGACCCGAUCCACGGACCACAGACUAUGGGACUGGGAACUAGUACUUUCCUCGAUGGAGCUCCGGCUAGUCGAUCUGCCAUGGCACGUCGUCAGAGCGAGAAUGAAAACAAUCCGGAGCCGAAUGGCGGCCUUUCACGAAAGAAGAGCUUGGCUCAGCGACUACGUGGACGAGCUGCUGGACCUGGCCGCAUUAGUUCUCCACCUGAUAACUUCUCACCCGCUCCGCCACAGGUGAGCUCCAGUCAUUCCACAUCGGCCAGAGCCAAUGAGAGAAAUCCCUACUUUGAAGAAGAAGAAUACGAGGAAGAGUGGGACAAGAAGGGAUCGAGUAUCGAAGCUCGUCUUGGGGGCGGCCGGCUCCGAUCGUCCAGCAGUCCUAAGCAAACUACUGUAUUGGAGCGCAAAAUCACCAACGACCGACCUUAUGAAGAGUCAAAGCUUAACCCUGGUAGUGGUGGAUUCUUGAACCGGAUGAAGAGUCUGCGCAAACCCAAGCCGGAAAGACGGACCAGCGACUGA